UCAAGAUGGCGGCACACUUCAGCUCUGCAGAAGACAUAUGUGAAGGAGAGAACUGUCAAUCGAUCACAGAUGUGACGUACUACGUGAAGGAGAAGAAGAAGCUCUGCGAGGACUGCGCCUCAAAAGAGGAAUGUAUCGGAAAAGCUAGAAAGGGUAGGCCAAAUUUAUAUUGUGAGAAGCAUGAUGGUGAAGAAAUCAAACUGUAUUGUAAAACUCACAAUGUAGCAGUGUGUCAGUUAUGCGCAACGAUAGAUCAUCGUGACAUGUCUUGCGUACAGCAGGAUAUAGAGGGCGCCAUCAUGGAUACUAGAGCAAAUUUAAACAUUCUGAAAGAAACGGCAAAGGACAAAUUGGACCUUUGUCGAGUUAUUGGAGUUCAGAUUCAUCAGUGUAGGAGAGACACCGACACCCAUCUACAAGCUUUGGAAGAUGAAGUAGAUUCGGUAAUCAAUGAGGCGAUCCAAACAGACAAAGACAAAGAGAAGGAGGAUCUUGCUAAAAUCAACCAGGAGAUCGAUGAGAAGAAUGACAAACUUCGCGAGGAGAUCCAACAAAUCAAUGAAAAGAUUCGACAGAACGAUGAGGAGAGAGAGAAGAGAAGUGAAUUAAACUGUCUAAAUGCAGAGAAAAAACGAGAAUCUAUCGACAAUAAACAACAUAGUCUUCAAACAGACAUUAAGAACAUCGCUGAAGAGAAAGAAAGAAAGAUUGGUGAGUUGGAGAGCGCAUGGAAAGAUGACACAAAAAACACGGAGACUACAGUACAUACACUCGAUAUAGUACUCGAAAAUGAUACAAGUGUCGUCGAAGACGGGCAACGUGUGAAGACAUCGGUGAGUGAUGAACUAAAGAAGCCACUGAAUGAGGGUGAGGUGAAACGAGUCACUGAUAAAAUAUCGGGUGUGAGUUUUGUGAAGGGUGCUGGGAGAGAGAAGUAUGAUGGGAGAAUAAAUGGGUAUGAUGGGGAAUGGAAGCUCAUUGAUACAAUCAAUGUCCGUGAUGACAUCACAUACCCAGUCGUUGUAGGAUGCCUAGAUGAAUGCAAUUUGAUUAUCACAGAUUGUUUACGUGGUAGCCUACAUACUUACAUGUUAGAUAUAAACACUAAAAAUACUCAGAGAGUGAUAACUGGUAAAGAUACAGCAUGGGUUUCUUCAUGUGCAUUACUGAAUGAUGACAAGGUAGUAUGCAGUAAAAACAGUAAAUGGGGUACACGGGACAUUUCGACUGGACUCAUCAGUGUGUAUGACAGACAAUGGAAGCACAUCAAUGACGUCACAAUACCAAGAAACACAACGAGAGAUGGCACAAGGGUGGAUGUAGCUGUUGACCAGGAUGGGAUGAUCAUCACUGUUCAGUGGUUGCAGUCUAAGAUAUACGUCAUCAACCCAGCUGAUUGUAAGAUCAUGAAUACCAUCACAUGCAAACAUAACACAAUAAUGCUCGGUGUGCUAUCAUCAGGUCACAUCAUCGCUCAACCCAACAUAAUAGAUCACAGAGUGUUCAUUAUCGAUAGGCAGGGUGCUCAAAAGGAAAUCCCCCACAGUGGUGACAUCCUCAAUGCCUGCAUCGAUCCUAUGACAGACGACCUCUACGUCGUGACAUCAGAUCAUGACGAGUACAAGACGUGUGUGAUUGAUCAGGUGAUGAGCGGGAGUGAAAUGAAGAAGAGAAGGGUAGCAUCAUUCCCUCUAUCAAGUAGAUUGGGUACUAGAAAGAAACAGUGUAAAUAUUCUCGCGUUAUGAUGACGCCAUCAGGGAAACUGAUUGCUAGCGAUGGAGACCACAUUCUCGUAUUCAAAAACAGAUUUACCCUCUAAAUCAAAUCAUGUAUGAUUACAAUUUUGUAUGAUCACUACGUAUACACACGUACGUAAAUAUGCAAACGGUAUGGCUCUCUAUACAGCAUUCCAAUGAUUACAUGAUGAUCUCAACACUGUUAGAACAAGUAUUACAAUUUUUAAUCAAGUUGGUUAAAAUUUUAAUCAACCACGGAUUACCAGGUGAAUCACACAAUCGU